AUGCAGGAGAGGGAGAGAGAGGGGGCCUCGCGGUUUCGCAGCGGCAGCAGAAGCAGCAGCAGACGCAGCAGCAGCAGAACGCGUAGACACAGACGCAGCGGGAGCCCCCACUACUACGACCGCCAGCGCCGCUCCCUCGGCUCUAGGGGGGGCUCCCCCUCACAGGGGGUCACCUGGAGAGGGUCCCCGGGGCCCCGCGGCGGCAGCAUCUCCCCAGCAGAUGGGGGGGGGGCCCCCCUAGAGGACGAGAGAGAGAGGUGGAGACACCGCAGAGAACAGCUGCAGCGAAGGCUGAGAGGAGCGGCAAACGGAACACCUGCUGGGGCCCCCCCUGGUGCUGCUGCAGGAGGCCCAGCAGCGGCGGGCCCCACACCAACAGAGGGGCCCGCGCCAUCAGCAAUGGGAACCCCAGGGAUGGGGGGUCUUGACUGGCAGCAGCAGCAGCAGCAGCAACAGCACCAACAGCAGCAGCAGCAGAUGCAGAUGCAAAUGGGAUACGGGUGGGGCCCCACAGGGGCCCCCUUCGCUCCGCCCGUGCAUCAGCACCCGCAUCUGAGGGCCCCCGAGGGUUUCUACAGGGCCCCCGAACUAUUACCCACAGGGGCCCCCUGGUGGGGGUUGGCAGCAACAGCAACCACCCCCGCCGCAGCAGCAGCAACAGUACGGACCCAACAUGUGGGGCCCCCCCGGGAGAGGUGA